AUGUUGCGUUAUCCCGUGAUGUUGAACCAACUGACGUUUGUUUCAAUGUCCUUCAAAUCUGCCGUUCGUGGCUGUCACUCCCGUUCGGAUGAAACGGACGGAUCGAUCCGGUUCAGUGUGUAUGUGGAUAUGCGCGAGGUGGAUUUGAUCACAGAUCACGUGAAGAAAUGUACCGAGAAAUCUUUGUCGAUGUUAAUGGAGAAAUGGAGAAGGAAAAUAUCCGGCGAAUUUCAAAUUCCACCGGGAAGAAUAGCAAUCGAAACACCAGAUGCAUUGGGUUUGACCAAAUCGCGCGUGUUUGAAGUGAAGAUCAAUACAAAAAAGAAUUCGACUGCGACGGAUAAAACCAGCCGGGUGCCUUCGUUUUCUGAUAUCUAUGACAUUUGGCAACCAGCCUGUAGUGAGAUGUUUCAAUUGAUCAAGAAGGUUUCCGAUCCACUGAGACAAAGUAUUUUGGGCUGUAGCAAUCUCACUUCCGAGGACGGCUCACUUACACUCUUCAUCCAUGUUCAUGAAGCUGCUUUGGAUUUCAGCCCGGAAACGUUUACACAGUGCAACAACGAGAAUUUCAACCGGCUUCUUAACAAAUGGAAGCUUGAGAUUGAAAAAUUCUAUCAACUUUCCGGUCCGGAUGUUUCAGUGUCACGUAAGUCUCUGGUUUUCACCGUGUCUUAA